AUUCUCUUCUCUCUCUCCUUCAAUUCUCCCUCAAUUCUCAAUUGGGUUUUCCCCCUUCUUUCUCCCUUCUCAAUUCUCAUUAUUUUACAACAAUUUUACCCAAAAAAAAUUACCCAUUUUCCCAAAUUGUUAGCAAAUCAAGGGCACAACAAGACACAGACACUAAAGAAAGCAAAUUUGACCAAAUACUCUUUUUCAUACUACUGUCCACUCUCUAGUCUACUCUCAGUUCUACACCAAUACCUUUGUAUUUUUAGUUUUUUACCCUCUUCUUAUUAUUAUAAAUAAAUUAUAAAAAAUUUAAAAAUGGCAUUAAAGAAAGAAUCUUUUUCUUGUUUUAAUUCUACCCUUCAUUUCAGAUCUUAAUAAGACCAUAAAUUAGUUCUGAAAACCCUCUUAAAUGCUUUAAUCAUUAUGGAGUACUUCACCUUUCUAGUUGUUGUUUGUUCUUCAAAAAUGGUUUUUUUUUUAACUAAUUAAGCUAAACUACUCUUUCUUCUCAACGGUCACAUCCAUCACUUUACCCUUACUUUCUUUUUCUGAUAAAAAAUUGUUUUUUAAGAAAAAAUGGCACAAAAUAAUGAAGGAAAAGCAAUGCCUGAAUCUGCAGACAAGAAAAAAGAACAAACAUUACCAUUUUAUCAGUUAUUUUCAUUUGCUGAUAAAUAUGAUUAUGUUUUAAUGAGUUUGGGUAGUUUAGGAGCUGUGAUUCAUGGGUCUUCAAUGCCUGUUUUCUUCCUUCUUUUUGGUGAAAUGGUUAAUGGGUUUGGUAAAAAUCAAUCUGAUCUUCAAACCAUGACUCAUGAAGUUUCCAAGUAUGCUUUGUAUUUUGUCUAUCUUGGCCUCAUUGUAUGCGCCUCCUCUUAUGCCGAAAUUGCUUGUUGGAUGUACACUGGAGAAAGACAAGCAGGAACACUAAGAAAAAAGUAUUUAGAGGCAGUUUUAAAACAGGAUGUUGGAUUCUUUGAUACAGAUGCUAGAACUGGUGACAUUGUAUUCAGUGUCUCUACUGAUACUCUUCUUGUUCAAGAUGCCAUUAGUGAGAAGGUGGGUAAUUUCAUACAUUAUCUUUCCACAUUUUUGGCUGGAUUGGUUGUUGGGUUUGUGUCGGCAUGGAAGCUGGCGUUACUUAGUGUGGCGGUUAUUCCUGGAAUUGCAUUUGCAGGAGGUCUUUACGCUUACACUCUCACCGGACUGACUUCUAAGAGUCGUCAAUCAUAUGCCAAUGCUGGUAUCAUUGCUGAACAGGCCAUUGCGCAAGUUCGGACUGUUUAUUCGUAUGUAGGGGAGACAAAGGCAUUAAAUUCGUAUUCCGAUGCCAUUCAAAAUACGCUUAAACUUGGUUACAAGGCUGGGAUGGCAAAAGGUUUGGGUCUCGGAUGUACUUAUGGCAUUGCUUGCAUGUCGUGGGCACUUGUUUUCUGGUAUGCUGGUGUUUUCAUAAGGAAUGGACAGACCGAUGGAGGAAAGGCAUUCACCGCCAUUUUCUCUGCCAUCGUUGGUGGCAUGAGCUUAGGUCAGUCGUUCUCUAACCUUGGGGCGUUUAGCAAAGGAAAAGCAGCUGGAUACAAGUUGAUGGAGAUAAUCAAACAAAAGCCGACAAUCGUCCAAGAUCAAGCCGAUGGUAAAUGCUUGGAGGAAGUUAGCGGGAAUAUAGAGUUCAAGAAUGUAUCAUUUAGCUACCCUUCCCGUCCGGAUGUCAUGAUCUUUCGAGAUUUUUCAUUGUUCUUCCCAGCGGGAAAAACUGUUGCAGUGGUAGGUGGUAGUGGUUCGGGAAAAAGCACUGUUGUAUCCCUGAUUGAGAGGUUCUACGAUCCUAAUGACGGUCAGGUUUUACUAGAUAAUGUCGAUAUUAAGAUACUGCAAUUGGCAUGGUUGCGUAGUCAAAUUGGUCUGGUGAACCAAGAGCCUGCGCUCUUUGCCACCACCAUUCUCGAGAACAUUCUUUAUGGAAAACCUGAUGCGACGAUGGCUGAGGUUGAAGCUGCUGCCUCUUCUGCAAACGCUCAUAGCUUCAUUACGUUGCUUCCAAACGGAUACAAUACCCAUGUGGGUGAACGGGGAGUUCAACUUUCAGGUGGUCAAAAGCAGAGAAUCGCGAUUGCUAGAGCAAUGUUGAAGAACCCUAAAAUUCUCCUACUAGAUGAAGCGACAAGUGCACUAGAUGCUAGCUCCGAGAGCAUCGUACAAGAAGCACUCGACAGAUUGAUGGUGGGAAGAACAACAGUGGUUGUGGCUCAUCGUCUUUCCACCAUCAGAAACGUUGAUACUAUCGCUGUAAUUCAGCAAGGACAGGUCGUCGAGACAGGAACCCAUGAGGAACUAAUAGCUAAAGCCGGUGCAUAUGCCUCAUUGAUCCGCUUCCAAGAAAUGGUUGGAAACAGAGACUUCUCAAACCCUUCGACACGCCGUACACGUUCAUCCAGAUUAAGUCAGUCUCUGUCCACCAAAUCAUUGAGCCUUCGAUCAGGAAGUUUGAGAAACUUGAGCUACUCGUACAGCACUGGUUUUGAUGGUCGGAUUGAGAUGGUUUCUAAUGCAGAGUCAGAACGGAAGAAUCCUGCACCACGCGGGUACUUCUGUCGGCUUCUUAAGCUGAACGCACCCGAAUGGCCUUACUCCAUCAUGGGUGCUGCAGGAUCAAUACUCUCGGGUUUCAUCGGUCCCACUUUUGCUAUCGUGAUGAGUAACAUGAUCGAGGUUUUCUACUAUCGGAAUUAUGCUUCAAUGGAAAGGAAGACUAAAGAAUUUGUCUUCAUCUACAUAGGAGCAGGACUUUAUGCAGUUGUUGCAUACUUAAUCCAGCAUUACUUCUUUAGCAUAAUGGGCGAAAACCUGACUACGAGAGUUAGAAGGAUGAUGCUGGCAGCAAUAAUGAGGAAUGAAGUCGGAUGGUUCGAUGAGGAAGAGCACAACUCUAGCCUCCUAGCAGCUCGGUUAGCAACUGAUGCAACGGAUGUAAAAUCAGCAAUCGCGGAGAGGAUUUCCGUUAUACUACAAAAUAUGACCUCUCUUCUCACAUCGUUUAUCGUUGCGUUCAUCGUGGAAUGGAGGGUUUCACUUCUCAUAUUAGGAACAUUCCCACUUCUUGUCCUUGCAAACUUUGCUCAGCAAUUAUCGUUGAAGGGAUUUGCAGGAGACACGGCAAAGGCACAUGCAAAAACAAGUAUGAUUGCAGGUGAGGGGGUGAGCAACAUUAGAACAGUUGCAGCUUUCAAUGCUCAGGAGAAGAUCCUUUCCCUCUUUUGCCAUGAACUUCGGUUUCCACAAAAACGUAGCUUUCAUCGUAGUCAAACUUCUGGCAGUCUCUUUGGGCUAUCUCAGCUAGCAUUGUAUAGUUCAGAGGCCCUUAUUCUCUGGUAUGGUGCCCAUCUUGUGAGCAAAGGUCUUUCGACUUUUUCGAAAGUCAUCAAGGUUUUUGUAGUUCUGGUCAUCACAGCCAAUUCAGUCGCUGAAACCGUAAGCUUGGCUCCUGAGAUCAUACGGGGUGGAGAGGCCGUGGGGUCUGUUUUCUCGAUCUUAGAUCGCUGCACAAGAAUUGAUCCUGAUGAUUCAGAAGCAGAAACUGUUGAAUCCAUUCGUGGGGAGAUUGAAUUCCGCCAUGUCGAUUUUUCAUACCCUACUCGCCCUGAUGUCCUGGUGUUUAAGGAUUUCAAUCUCAGAAUCCGGGCAGGCCAAAGCCAAGCCCUUGUUGGUGCAAGUGGGUCCGGAAAGAGCUCAGUCAUUGCGUUAAUUGAGCGAUUCUAUGACCCAAAUGUCGGAAAAGUCAUGAUUGAUGGCAAGGACAUCCGGAGAUUAAACCUAAAAUCCCUAAGGCUCAAGAUUGGUUUAGUACAACAGGAACCAGCGCUUUUUGCCGCGAGCAUCUUUGACAACAUUGCAUACGGGAAAGAAGGGGCAACCGAGGCAGAAGUAAUAGAAGCAGCUCGAGCGGCCAACGUGCAUACGUUCGUAAGUGCAUUGCCAGAGGGCUACAAAACCACCGUUGGUGAGCGAGGAGUUCAACUUUCCGGAGGUCAGAAGCAAAGAAUCGCCAUCGCUCGAGCAGUGCUAAAAGACCCGGCCAUCCUAUUGUUGGACGAGGCUACAAGUGCCUUAGACGCGGAGUCAGAGUGCGUGCUUCAGGAGGCCCUCGAGAGGCUAAUGAGGGGCCGUACCACAGUUCUCGUUGCACAUCGACUGUCAACUAUAAGAGGAGUUACUAGUAUAGGAGUGGUGCAAGACGGGCGCAUUGUAGAACAAGGUAGCCAUUCCGAGCUCAUCAGUAGGCCCGAGGGAGCGUAUUCUCGUCUUUUGCAACUUCAACUCCACCAUGUGUAACCAAACAAAGUCUAAUUGUAGUAAAUUCUUUUUAAUGAUGGUGAUGACCCAUGAUGGUGAUUGCUGUAGAUAUGAUGGGCAAAGUAAGGCUAUUUUUAGAAAUUUUAUCUUUUUUUCACAAAUUUGAUUUCUAAAUGGCGAAGAAAUCAUUGUAUUAUGAAUGAAGGGUUCAGAAAAAAAGGAAGUGUUUGCAUGUGAGCUGGGUUUGAUUAGUUUUUUGAUGUAGGCUCACACUUUAUUACCUUAAGUGUUGAAAACUGGAAAAAGAUCUGUAGAAGACCUUUCCAGCAUAACUAGAGGCUGCCUUUUAUUUUUAAAAUAUUUUGUAAUAUUAAAUUAAACUCCUUUUUUGGGAUCUUACCUUUUCUCUCAUCCAA